UCCAUAUAUUACCCGGUGAGCUCCACCGCACCGUUUUUACACAUAAAUAAUCAACUCUCGACAAUUAUUCCUCUUCUUCCCCAAUUACGAAUUUAGAGUAAUUAGGAUCAACUACAAUUAUGGUUUGCGACAAGUGUGAGAAGAAGUUGUCGAAGGUGAUAGUGCCUGAUAAAUGGAAAGCAGGUGCCAGCAACACUACUGAAGGCGGUGGCCGUAAAAUUAACGAGAACAAACUCCUCUCCAAGAAGAAAAGGUGGACACCUUAUGGAAAUACAAAGUGCACUAUUUGCAAGCAACAAGUGCAUCAAGAUGGCAAGUAUUGUCAUACCUGUGCUUAUAGUAAAGGAGUAUGUGCAAUGUGUGGAAAGCAAGUUCUUGACACCAAGUUGUACAAACAGAGCAAUGUAUGAUGUGCUCACUGCUGACGAUCUAACUUCUCUGUUACCUCAGCACUCUUAUCUUAGAGAAUUGUUGUUACUUUGUGAAUCCAAUCAGAUGCAAUGAGAAGCAGUUAAUUCUGUACUCAUGAUUCUGUAAAAUACUUAAAGAGCUGCACCGUAUGAGGAGCUGUAAAUUGGUGAUCUUUUGUAACAUUAAUUUCAGUGUUUCUUUACAAUUGAUUUUA